CAAAAAUUUGUUUCGCUUGUUUGGUUUAUUAUUGAUCAGACAACCGUGAUUUUUCAUCCACAUACGGCAUAAUUGCAUACUAAUCCCAUCAAAGAUAACGCCCCCAACGGCCCAACCCAUACCCGACACCUCUGACGGCUCCAAGCUUGCAAGUCAACAUCUCCUCUAACCUCCGAUGGCCUCGCUUCAGUCCGGCGGCGACGCGGCCGCGAACGGCGUCGACGCCGACGUCGACGGCGCCGCGUCCCCGCCCUCGGCGAAGCGGCCCCGCGCGGGCGCGGGCGCGGCGGCGAUCACGGACGCCGAGGUCCGGGCCGAGUUCGCGCACCACGACCGCGCCGUGGCGCGCCUGAACAACGGCACCUUCGGCUGCUGCCCGGCGUCGGUGCUGGCGGCGCGGGCGCGGUGGCAGCGCCUGUUCCUGUCGCAGCCCGACGCGUUCUACUUCCACCACCUCCAGCCCGGGCUCGCCCGCUCCCGCGCCGCGGUCGCCGCGGCCGUCGGCGCCGGGGACGCCUCCGAGGUCUCCCUCGUCGACAACGUCACCACGGCCGCCGCCAUCAUCAUGCAGCACGUCGCCUGGAGCUUCGCCGAGGGGGACUUCGCGCGCGGGGACGUCGUGCUCAUGUUCCUCUACACCUACUGCUCCAUCAAGAACUCCAUCCACGCGUACGUGGCCCGCGCGGGCGCCACCGUCGUCGAGGUGCCCCUCCCGUUCCCCGUCUCCUCCCCGGACGCCAUCGUCGCCGAGUUCCGCGCGGCGCUCGCGGUGGCCAGGGACGGCGGUCGCCGCCGCGUCCGCCUCGCCGUCAUCGACCACAUCACCGCCAUGCCCACCGUCCUCAUCCCGGUCAAGGAGCUCGUCGCCAUCUGCCGCGAGGAGGGCGUCGACAAGGUGUUCGUCGACGCGGCGCACGCCGUGGGGCAGGUCCCCGUCGACGUGCGCGACAUCGGCGCCGACUUCUACGCCAGCAACCUCCACAAGUGGUUCUUCUGCCCCUCCGCCGUCGCCUUCAUCCACACGCGCAAGGACGACCCCGUCUCCUCCAAGCUCCACCACCCCGUCGUCUCCAGCGAGUACGGCAACGGCCUCCCCAUGGAGAGCGCCUGGAUCGGGGUGCGCGACUACAGCGCGCAGCUCGUGGUCCCGGACGUCGUCGACUUCGUCAAUCGCUUCGACGGCGGCGUGGAGGGGAUACGCCGCCGGAACCACGACAAGGUGGUCGAGAUGGGCACGAUGCUCGCCGCCGCGUGGGGCACGUUCCUCGGCACGCCGCCGGAGAUGUGCGGGAGCAUGCUCAUGGUGGGGCUGCCCGGCUCGCUGGGCGUCGGGAGCGAGGACGACGCCGUCGGCCUGAGGACGAUGCUGAGGAAGCAGUUCAAGGUGGAGGUGCCGCUCUACUACAACUCCAAGGCGGCGGCGGCGGAUGCGCCGCCGGAGAUGGUCAAGGACGGCAAUGGCGAUCCGGUGACGGGGUACGUGAGGAUCUCGCACCAGGUGUACAACGUCCGGGAGGAAUACGAGGCGCUCAGGGACGCGGUCGCCAAGCUCGUCGCCGACGGCUUCACCUGCAGAAAGUUACGGCCUCCUGAGAAGGAAGAAACUCUGGCAUGAGGAGUUGACAUCCAGCAUUCCAGCUAGCCAGCUCUCCGGCCCAAUGGAAGGCAUUGUGACUGAAAUCUUAGUUGUGGCAAGUGGCAGUUCUCCUUGCCUCCUCGGGCGAUUGGCACCUUCAUGUUCAGUUGAUAUAGAAUACAUUCUGAAAUCUGAACUGAAAGUCUGUUCCCCCUUCAUUUUUGAGCUGUAAAAAAAAAUGUAAGAAUAAUCUGAACCCGGACUUCCAGAGAGCUUUGCAGCUGUUGUAGAUCUGACUGCACGACUGUGGUAUAUAUUAUUGAGGACACCUUUGUAAGAGUAA